AUGGCCCAGCCAGCGCCAGACUCACUCGUCAACGGCGAUGACGGCAGACGCUACUGGGAUGGUAUCAACGCCGACGUUAACGGCAUGCUGGGUGGAUUCUCGUCCAUUACUAGAGUUGAUCUACAGGGAUCAAGAAGCUUUCUUGCCAAGCUUGGUAUCGGGACCAAGAAAGACAGGAGAGUGGUACAACGAGCUCUAGAGGGUGGUGCUGGGUAUUUCCCCUCUCUCUCUAUCCGCUUCUACUCUAUUCCCAUAUAUCUCUCCUUUCAUAUGCUGACAAAAACACUUUCCCUCGAUCAAAGUAUCGGGAGAGUAACUCAAGGCAUGCUAGUCAACGUAGCCGAGACAGUCGACGUGAUUGAGCCCAUUGCCAAAUUCACAGCCAAUCUGGCCGAUAAGCCUGGCGUAGGCACAGUAUUCAACAUGGGCCUAGAGGAAUGGACCCCUUCCCCCACAGAUGUGAAAUACGGUCUGGUAUGGAUCCAGUGGUGCGCGGGCCACCUGUCAGAUGCGCAGCUCGUCGAGUUUCUGAAGCGGUGCAAGGGUGUUCUCGUCCCCGACAGUGGCGUCAUUGUCGUCAAGGAGAAUCUUGCCUCGGGGAUCGAAGACGUGUUUGAUAAGGUUGAUAGCAGCGUGACGAGACGAGAAAGCAAGUUCCGGGACAUCUUUGAGAGAGCCGGACUGCGCAUCGUCAAGACGGAACUGCAGAACGGGCUGCUCGAAGCUAGUAAAGAGAAUCUAUUCCCCGUAAGGAUGUUUGCGUUGAAGCCUGCAGUUGCACGGUAG